AUGUUCAAGCUUACACAGUUGUUGCUCAAUGCAACGUUGGCUAUCGUAGCAUGGGGCCAGUAUUACUCCAAUACGACCACCUACACAAACCCCAUUUUGUCUGCAGGUGGGGCGGAUCCAUGGGUGAUACGCCAUGACGGUUGGUACUAUAUGACCUAUACCACGAACGACGAUGUAUCUCUGCUUCGGAGUCAGAUACUCACAGAUUGGAACAACGCCGAGUCAAAGGUUCUCUUCACUCCCCCGCCAGGCCUGAACUACUCCACCGACUUAUGGGCCCCGGAGCUCCACCAGCUCAAUGGGACCUGGUACGUCAUCUUCACCGCGGACCCUCGUAGCGAUUCUCCUUCGCCUGAAUUAGACAUGUUCUGCCCGUACAAUUGCCCAGCCAUUCACCACCGCAUGUUCGUCCUCGAAGGCCACGGAUCAAACCCUUGGAGCGCAAGCUUCGUCUACAAGGCCCAACUCAACACCUACGACCAAUUUUCCAUCGACGGAACCUAUUUCCAACACUCCUCUGGUCUGUACCAUAUUUACAGCUGCUGGUACACCCAAUACGCCGCCUGGCCUGCAAACCUAUGCAUUACAAAACUGGAAAAUCCGUGGACGGUGGCAAGCCCGUUUUCUGAGCGGCAGAUUAUAUCUGUGCCGAGUUUGCCGUGGGAGAAGACGCCGUACGGUCGAGCUGAAAAUGAUCGAUUAAGCAGUAACGAAGGGCCGCAACAACUCACUAACUCGCGCACUGGUCAGCAGUUCCUCAUUUACAGCGCCGCCCGCUCGGACAACCGCAACUACUGUCUUGGGCUGCUGGAACUCGCUCCCAACGGCGACCCCAUGAAUCCGUCCGACUGGCGCAAACACCAAUAUCCUGUGUUCUAUCAGAAUCCGGCCGAGAGUGCGUAUGGCGUGGGUCACGCAAGUUUCGUCAAGAGUCCCGACGAGACGGAGGACUGGAUCGUGUAUCAUGGCAUGCAGGACCCCACAAAUGGAUGGUCUGCUCGAACCAUCCGAACGCAGCCGUUCAUAUGGAACGAAAAUGGAACACCGAACUUUCCCAAGCCGGGCUACGGGCCAUACAAGGUCCCCAGUGGGCAGUAG